AUUCUAAACUUCUACGCUUGCUUUAAAUCUGAUUGGUGGCACGGGAGACUAGCUAUAAUAUAUCCAUAGAAGCAGACCGCACACGUUAGAUCCGUCAGCUCAGGCUAGUUAGCUAGCACACAAUCACCAUUAGCAAACAUUGAAUAGUCAUGUGAGUUUCAGUUCAAUUGUCUGAUCCAAACACGUUUCUACGUAGCUAGAAGCUAGUUAUUUCUGACGUAGCAAGCGUUUUAUCACUAGAAGCUAGCUGGUUACACUUUUGCUUGCUAAAUGGCUAACUAGCUAGCUCAAGUGAAGCUGUUGGGCGCGGAGUUUGAGAGCUCCAAAAAUAGUGCUCCUACUGUGGCUAUGUAUAUUAGCAAACUCACAAUGUAGCUUUGCGUGGAUUACACGGUGGUCCUGGUCAAGUUAGCAUACAAGGAGUAUUUGUUUCCCACAAACAACAUGGAAAGGUUUUGGUUUCAGUUUGGAACUGGUACUCUAGGUGAUCACUGACAGAAAGCAGCCAUGUCGUCAACAUCCCAGAAACACAAAGAGUUUGUGGCAGAACCCAUGGGGGAGAAGUUAGUGAAUGCACUUGCUGGCAUUGGAGAGGUGCUUGGCAAGAGACUGGAGGAGAAGGGCUUCGACAAGGCUUACGUGGUCCUGGGUCAGUUCCUAGUGCUGAAGAAGGAUGAGGAGCUAUUCCGGGACUGGCUGAAAGAUACAUGCGGGGCCAAUGUCAAACAGCAGGGCGAUUGCUACGGCUGCCUGCGUGAGUGGUGCGAUUCUUUCCUGUAGAGAAGCUAUUUUAUCCAGUUUCAGUUUUUCCAAUUUCUAAAUCCCAAACAUCCAUUUACCUCUACUGUGGUCUCACAUCAACUUACACCUCAUAUGGACUCUCACUGCACAUGAGGAAGUUAAGCAAAGUCUGAAGUCGUAAGACCCAGUUAUUUUUUUAACUAUAGUCUUAUAGACUUAAGAAUGCUUUUAAAAUCAGUAAGACAUACUUUGCUGCAGUCACCCAUGGGGUUGUUACACCCAACUGUGUAGCUCUGUAAUGCUGACCUUUUCUAUGAUUCAAAUCUUUGGCUGCACAGAAACGUUGGGAAUGAGCUCAUUUUGGUUUUCCAGCAAUGUGUUAUUUCAAUUUGUUCUCUGUCAAAGGAAAACUUUUAUCAACACGGUCCCUUCACAUAACUAAUGUUUGUACUCAUCUCCAACUGACUGUUUGCCCGUGCAUUUAUUUAAAUUAACUUAUAAUAGAAUUUUAAACCAUUUUAGAUACCAGAUAGCUUUAACAUCUGUAGUUAAAAUGUCAAGAUGUUACUGUUCAUUUUUACAAAACAGAGUUCACAGGAAACACUAAGGUGUAAUUGCUCCAUGUUAUCUUGUGUUUGUUUUUGUCAAAGUUGAAGAGAUGCCUCAAUGUUGUAAUAUUUUUUUAUUUUUUACGAUCUACUUAAGUUAGCUACCACAAAUCACCCAAUUUUCACACACAAAAUGAAAGCCUAAAGUAAACCCACGAAAAGGAGCACUGUUGUUCCAGGAAGUAAUUUCUAGGCAUGCGCGUGUUGCUUGCUAACGUUUAAUUGCUGAAUGAUGGUUUUUCUGAAAUACUGGUUCAUGUUUUUGUGUUUUGACUGUGAAAGCAUAUUAGUUUUUAUAUUUUUCUUUUGAAAUGAACAAAACCAACUGCAAGAUCUGGACAAUUCUGGGUUUGUUUUGUUUUUGCCAUUUUUUGGGGGGGAAAUAAAAUCACAAAUGAAAUGCAAACUU